AUGAGCACGAUUAUACCGCUAUUUUUCGCCACUAUAGCCUAUGCUUUCAAUGGCGAGUUCCCUGCCUCAUACAGCAAUUUACUAUUCUGCUGUGUCAGCGCCAUGACGGGCACCGGGCUUAUGACGUUGGAUCUGAGUUCCCUGACGGUAUGGCAGCAGGUUAUACUUAUGAUUCUUGAGAUCAUCGGCAGUCCGGUCACCGUGGCCUUACUCGUUGUAUACGUGCGCCGACGGUACUUUCAGCGACAUCUCCACUGGAUUGUGGAAUCCGAGUUCGAGCGUACGAAGACUCGAGAUAUUCUUCGAGCUGCGCAGAGCACCACCACCUCAAAGCGAAAUGUGCAGUUCAAAUCAUCCAUGAUUCGCCGCGUGGAUACACUACCCAAACCGAUAUCGUCGUCGAUGGAUAUGACUCCAACUCUCCUCACAAUUCCUUCUUCGAUCCCAACAACGUGUGAAAAGAAUUCCGUUGGUCAGACGUUUGGCUGCACUGAUCAGGUGCAAGUACAACGACACACUGACCUUGCACCUCGGCGAGAACUCACUCGUCACACGACGAUUGAAAUUGUUGAUCCCAAUCAUUCUCAGGACGACGAAUUUGGCGGAUUUGGAAAUGUUCUAGACCCCUUCGCUAGCCUCUUCCACGACUUCUUUCCUAACAUACAGAGAAAACUCAAACGAUCAAUGACGAUGCCAAUUGAGUCGAAGUUGGUGCCAGACUGUACCGACACAGACAUUCCGGCGUUCUACGGGCUGUCGGACCAUGACUGUGAGGAGUUGGGCGGAGUCGAGUACAGAGCAUUGACUGCACUGCUGUGGAUCGUACCCGCGUACGCUGUUGGUACCCUUGGGACUGCAUUUGUGGUCACCGCACCAUACAUGUCACUUGCAAGAUGGAGGAGCAAUUUCCAGCCACCUCGGCAACAUCGUGUGAUCAAUCCAGUGUGGUACUCAAUUUUCGAAGUCAUCGGCGCCUGGGCCAACACAGGCAUGUCUCUAGUUGAUCAGAGUCUUAUUCCUUUCCAGACUGCGUACCCCAUGUUGAUUUUUCUCAUCUGGGUGGUGAUCGCUGGAAACCCUGGAUAUCCUGUACUCCUACGAUUUCAGAUAUGGGGAAUUUUCAAAUGCGUCCCAAAAACCUCACAGAUGCGUGAGACACUUCAAUUCCUGCUUGAUCACCCCCGACGAUGUUUCAUCUACCUCUUCCCGUCGCGCCAAACCUGGUUCCUCCUCACCGUACUCAUUCUUUUCAAUUUAACGGAUUGGCUCUUGUUUUUGGUGCUGGAUAUUGGAAAUGCAACUGUCGAAGCUAUACCGGUUGGCACCAGACUCCUCGUGGCAGCUGUGCAAUCUGUUGCUGUCCGUUUUGCAGGGUUCCAAUCCGUUUCAAUUGCCGUCUUGGCUCCUGCGGUCAAGGUUCUCUACCUCGUCAUGAUGUACAUUUCCGUGUACCCUGUGGCCAUGUGCGUGCGCUCAACAAACGUGUACGAAGAGCGAUCGUUAGGAGUGUCUGAAAUAGAAGUUGGAAACGUUGGGGACAUUGAGGAUGAGGCGAACUAUCCUGAGACGGACUCGCGUGUAGCGAUAUGGGGCAGAUACCUUGGACGUCAUGUCAAACGGCAGCUGGCAUUCGAUAUGUGGUGGCUCGCACUUGCACUCUUCCUAAUAUGCGUCAUCGAGAAAAAGCAGCUGAGCGAUCCCGCCAACGAAUCAUGGUUCAACCUGUUCUGUAUGAUCUUUGAAGUAGUGUCCGCAUACACGACUGUAGGCUUAAGCAUAGGUAUACCCACAGCGAACUUCUCUCUCUCAGGUGCAAUGCACACUCUUUCCAAGCUCAUCCUUUGUGCUGUCAUGAUCCGCGGACGGCAUCGUGGGCUUCCAGUCGCGCUUGAUCGUGCGAUCAUGCUUCCGAAGGAAUUCCUGGAAUUGGCUAGUGAGAAGGCAUUGCAGAUGAAACGGAAACAAGUCGGUCAACUUUGGGAUGAGAAUGCACACCAGCGGCGUUUAAGUGCAUGA